AUGGAUUGGAUACGGGAUCUAUGGGAUCUCCUUACUUCAGCAAUAAUGCUAGAGCCUGGGGAUCUGAUUGAAUUUCAGAGAAUGGGAUACCAACACUGGGGCAUCUAUGUGGGAAAGGGAUAUGUGGUCCACUUCACAUUUCCAGAGUUGGACGAGGGAUUGACUAAUAUGCUUAAUGGAGAAUUCUUCAAAGCCAAAGUGCAAAAGGAGCGUCUGAGGAACGUGGCUCGUGUUUCAAGCUAUGCUGUAAACAACCAAUUAGAUAAAAAGCACCCUCCAUUACCUCUUCCUCAUGUGGUAAAGAGAGCUGAGCACCUGGUGGGGAAGAAUAUAGACUACAAUCUAGUUAUGUCUAACUGUGAACAUUUUGCCACAAUGAUAAGAUAUGGCAUUGCUGAAUCACAGCAGGCAAUUUACUUUGAAGUGGAUGAAGGUUUUGUGAAGCAGAUAAAGAAAUGGCUAGCCGAGAUCAACGAGUAGCGUGUGGAUCGACAGCACAACACUCAACCUUGUCUAUGGAAAGAAAUACAUACAUGAUGCCUUCUCUGCAGGAGCUUCGAAGAGUAAAAAGGAAAGCUAGAUACUUUGAAAACCUAAACCUCUUUUCUAUUCAAUGCUGUAGAAUAGAAGAAAUUUUACUGCUAGUGGGCGGCUUCAUCAAAAUAAAAACCUAAAUAGUCCAACUCCAGUCACAAAAACCCAUAACUUCCUGGAUAAAUCACCAAUUCCAAUAUGCCUAGACCUAAAUGUAUAGUCCUGAUGUGUCUGAGAGAAUCUGCCAGUCAUCUGGAGGAGAACUGGCUGCAAAUUGAGGGGUUGA